AUGCAAUUCACUCUUGCCUCCGUCAUCGCCAUUGCUGCCGCUCUUGCUCCCGCGGUCAGCGCCUUCUCCGUCUCCAACUGCGAGACUGGCCAGUACAAGAACUUCGGCGAGGCUGGUAACGGAAAGUGCCAGGGUUUCAACACUGGCAGGAGCGUUGCAUACGACAGCAACAAGGGCCUAGCUCUUCGCGUCUUCGCCUCGACCAACUGCCAGGCAGGCGAGGAGAUUCUUAUUACCGCUCAAAACAGCUGCCAGGAGAUCCCAUUUACUGGCCUGUCUGUCCUGGCCGAGUAA